GAGAAUAAAUUUGUGUUGUUUUUAGCCACUAAAUAUGUGGUAAUUUGUUGCAGCAGCAGUAGGAAACUAAUACAGAAAGUAUCUGGGAAAUGAAUGGCUGGGCCAUACUUCCUUUUAUGUCUAGUUGCUUUUAUGAGCAAAGCUUGUCUUACGUAGCGACAGUUGCUAAGUAAGUUAACAAUGUAAUACUAGAGCCUAAGAGGGAGCAACUGCUUAAAUCUUCCCAAAUCCAGUGCUCAUGCCUUACAUGGCAGAGGCUUUCAGUAACAUUCUUUCACUUUAGGCACACAAUCAUGCUGCAGCAUUUAAUCCUUACCAGCCUCUAGCAUUGGCCUACAACCUGGAACCUCUCUUCCAGCUUUCUUAAACUCCUAGCUUUUUAAAAAACUGUUAAUGACCCUAACAGUAAUUUAACUGUACGUAGUAAAAGACAUCUUAAAUUUAAUUAUGAUCAAGAAUCCGAAUUAUACAGACUUUGUUUGCUGUGCUGUUUGCAAUAAAAUAAUUCCACCACCCCCUUUAGGGGAAACCUUCAAACAGAUCCAUGAAUACAAGCCAUUUACAACACGCUUUUACACUCACAAGGAUAUACUGGAUAUUGGGACAGAUCUUUUGAAUAAAGAAGAGCAAUUUCAAGAGGCUGUACUCAAGGAACGUAUUGCAAAAGCAGAAGCUAAUGUGUGGGCUCAGGCCAAUGAACGCCAAAAACAAGCUGUGGAGAAAGCACUUGAAGAAGCAAAUGACAUGCACAAAAUUAAAAUUCGGAUUCUGGAAGAGGAACAUGAAAAACAUUUACAGGAAAUGACAGCUAAAACCAAGCUAGAGGUUCAUCAAAACAUGGAAGACGAACUGAAGAGAGAAUACUUGGCAGCGGAACAACGCAUGGCCCAUAGAAUCCAAAGGAUCGCGAUAGAGUGCCACAAGGAGAAGAUCCAGGCUGUGGAAAAAGCCAGGGCUGAAGAGAGACGCAUAGCCCAGGAAUUAAUCCAGGCCCAGAGAAGCAAGGCUGUGGAGGAUCUUGUGAAUACUGGUGUGACAUUUAUUAAGGAUCAGAAGAAGAAUAUGAGACAAAUGGUAAAGGAAAAAGAACAUCAAAUGAACAGCUUCUAUUGCAUGGCUGAGAGACAAAAGCAGGAAGCGGUUCAGGAAGUCCUCCAAGAAGCAGAGAAAACUCACCAGGUCGCUCUGGGGAAUGUGAUGGAUGAACUGGUUAACACUCAGGGGGAGCUGUUGUCCACAGAGAAACAACUAGGGACUAUGGCAAGUUGGAAAGAUUUCCUGGAGGAAGAAUUACAAGAAACGAGAGUAGCAUUUCAAAAAUACAUCAAUUAUACAUUUCCGAAGCUUUCACCAGGACAUGCAGACUUUAUUCUGCCAGAAAGAAAGAAAGCACCUUCCCAUCUCAUUAUUCAGGAGAACCAAAACAACUCUUGAUUAGAAGUCUUCAGCUGAACUUUCACCACAAAAGACACUGUUUGAAAGACUAAAUAAAUUCACUCAAAAACCAUUUAUUGAUCCCUGGUUAUGUGUAGAGUACUACUGGGCUGUGUGCUUUUUGAUGGGAAACCAAAAUAUUCAAAAGCACAUCCUAGGCUACAGUGAGUUCCAAGUCUAAUUGAGGAGAGGUAAGAGUGAGAAGGAUAAAAACUGAUUAGGAAGCAAAAACGUUUCUUGGAAGAAGUCUAACGAACUUCUGUGUCUGACUUUAUUCAUGUUUACAUCAGAUAUAUAAUUAUAUUAGUAUUCGUUGCAGUUGAAAACAAGCAAAGGUACGUGUUUUUAGAUCGUUCCAGUUGUGGAGAAUUGUGCUGACCUCCAGUAUAGAGAUUAUUAUUUGGUGAACAGAAAUAGCACUGUAGGAAGAAAAGCAAUUUCCCUCAAACUCAAUAGGAUAA